ACAAGCUAUAGCGAUCUGUCAAACAUGCAAGGAGUCACGAAGGUUGUGAGGAAUGAUAUUAUGACAACGUACAACUAGUACAUCAUGCUUCUAUCUUAUAGAACCUCCAUUAUUCCCUUGAACAAAGAGGUAACAUCAGUGAGUACAUCAAUAUAUGUAACGACCUGGUGUUCAUUGAUUCUGCUAGUAAUGAACUAGUGUUAGUGAGAGUUUAAUUGAAGACAGAACCCAGAUUGAUCCCCCGGCCACUACUUCUAAUAACAAGACACCACAUGAUCAUGGUUGGGGUGACACCAUUAUCCAAGUGAACGUGGUGUCAUGCAGCAGCUAUCGCAAAGAGGUGGCGGCAAUUAGGGGUGACGCUGCUGAGUUCUUCUUCUUCAAAGAUUUUCCUGAGCGGCACCAAUUCUUAUGACGGAUUUACUGGAGUAAGCACUUAUUCAAUCGAGCUCCUGUGAAGAAGUUCUCGUGAAUUUAUAUACUUUAGAGACAAGGUUCGAGGUUGAGGCUCCACUUCUGACUCACGGCCAGGCCGCACCUGCAGGGCGGACGCACGCAACCCCACAAAAUAUUAAAUAGGAGACAACUCUCACCGGAAUUUUCUCGACCACAGACCUCUUGCUCUAAGAUUCAGUGGCAUAUACAAGAUACAUGCUGACAGACCGCUGAACAACUCUUUCACGAUGUGGCAGGUCACAAGCGGAACCGAGGAGCAGUGUCGCGUAAUUUAAGAACAAGUGAACUUACUAGUGUUUCAUUAUCCACCAUGAGUACUAGAUUUAGCUUACUAGUGUUUCAUCAUCCACCAUGAGUACUAGAUUUAGCUUACUAGUGUUUCAUCAUCCACCAUGAGUACCAGUACUAGAGGUAGAUGUAACUUACUAGUGUUUCAUUAUCCACCAUGAGUACCAGUACUAGAGGUAGAUGUAACUUACUAGUGUUUCUUCAUUAUCCACCAUGACUGAGUACUUCUAGAGGUAGAUGUAACUUACUAGUGUUUCUUCAUUAUCCACCAUGACUGAGUACUUCUAGAUUCAUCAUCCACCAUGAGUACUAGAGGUAGAGUAGACUCCAUCUUGUGAAAUGUCAUCUUUCAUCAUCCUAGAGGUAGACUCCUUCUAUCAUGAGUGGGCAACUUCUUUUCUCGCAAGUCAGAAUCGCGGGCUCUCUCAAGAAACGGCAUUCACGCAAUAAAUAUGCUCUUCUAACUUAGCCAGGACUACGCGCAAAAUAUGAUGAGGAGAUCUUUUGACACGAAGCAAAACGCGCAUUUUAUCUAUUUUGACGGUCCCAAGGUACUGCUGAACCAGGCUACGAGGUACGAGCAAACAGCGAGCAAGUGUCACACGAGACCCCUCGCUUGCUGCACAUAUGGACCAUGGCAUGAUUCCGACAAUAAUCGAUGGAUUGCCUACUUAUGGGCAAGCGACUACUUACAACAAGUGCAUCUUCUAAAAAUUUAGAUUUACCUCACAAGAAGAAUAGAGUGCAUCAUCUAAUUUAAUUACCUACAAGUGCAUCGAAUUUAGUAGAGAAUCAUCUACAGUAGAACAGCAAGAAGAAUAAAAAAACCAAGAGACGACUUACACUUAAUACUAGGCAUAAAAGAAAAAGUACUACUUAAACUCAUGAAUGUAAACCAGUAGGAGCACAAACUACCUCUACCUUCUCAACAACAUGAACACUCUCUAAAAAGGAAAAAAGAAACCAAGGGAGUGGGCAAAGGACCGGAGCGGCCUUUUGAAAAGGCUGUCUUUGUACGCCGAUUGUUCGACACCAAAGCAAGAGCGGAUUUGAAGAUUACGAUUAACACAGCGGCCCUACUAGAUUCUCUGCCACAACAAGGUAGCGCACACCACGCACGAAAGCCCUCUUUGACGUCGUUACAGGUUUUUUUGUAUGACGUCGUCAACCGCGUCGACGAAGAGUGCAAAAGACUGCGGUGGUAUCUCACAGAGUUAUGGGGCUUAGACUUUGCUUCGCAAAGGCUGAGUAGUUCUCGGCAGAGUUGUGGUUGUACAUCCAGUUUUUAGAAAAACCGGAGACGGAGUGGGCCAUUUCUAUGACUGGGAGUCAGACUCUGUAGUUCGAAACGAAAGAGAGUCCCCGUCUUUGUUCUAACCUAAGCGGAGCGACAAACGAUGAGGGAACAAGGCAUCGCCAUGCUGAACGCAUAUCUUGGGGUGAAGACAACCAAAACUCUACCAGAACUCUACAUGAAUGUCGGUGGAAACAACGCAGCGGGGCCGCCUGAUUUUUAAGGCGGGCGGGUGGUAGUUUUUGGUGAAUCACGCUAGUUGCUGCUUAUUUAUAUUUACUAGUUCAGCAGGUUUAAUUAAUAGCCUCCCGACCUAUGUUGUAUAGUGAGGAAGGUAAAAAUCCAUCCCCUAAGAUUGAGAAGAUCCCGAGGUCCUGCAAGGUGUGGUGGAUGAGGAGUGGAAUGAAGACGAUGAGGAGUGGAAUGAAGAAGAAGACGCAUUGUUUAUCGCGGAAACUUCAGCAAAGAAAGUGGAAUUGGCGAGCAGGACUGAAGAGCAACGACGAAAGAAUCGUGAGGAGGGUACGCCGAACGACAAAAGAAAAGGACGCGAUCCACUGCUCUUGGAUCAUGACGCACCACGGGGCAGCGAUGAGCAGCUGAACUAUGCUCUCCAAGAAAUGAGCCGAAAAUUGGGUCGUAACAUUACUGAAGAUCAGAAGCAAGCCAUGAAAACAAUAUUGACUACGAAGCGUGAGCCACAACCAGGGGAGAAGAUCACGUCCAGACAGCGGCACGCAUACGAAGGGCACGAUCUGGGCCUAACGCUCACCGACUGCAAUUACAACUACCGCAAUGGCAUGUUUGACGACGAAAAUUCUUCGGUAAUGUCGCAAUCGGAGAGGGGAGUUAUGAACAGUGUGACUCCAGUAGAAUGGCCUACGAAGGAGGCACAUAUUCUUCUUCAUAUAUAAAUAUGCCGUUCUUACUGUGGGGAAACGCGGGAAAUUCCUGAGUAGACCGACAACAGAGUCUGAUAGUGGUCCUGAUUUGUUUCGAUUUCUCAACCUCAUCAUCUAAUUCCUGCCCAAGGCGCGGCGGAAACGGUGAUCCGGAUAAUGAUCCUGGAAAAUUGCUGAACGUUCCACACUGGAACCAUCCGUCGAAGCUUCUUUUCAGAAGUAUCUUCAACUUUGAUCCAACAAGACCUAGUUGCAACGUUGUCGGAGCAAAGACAGUACGGGAUGGAGAAGAAGCUUCUUCAUCCUCUAGUUUCUCCCCUGAGAGGCAUGAUAAGAAAAGCAAUCGCUCAGGAGAGGCAUCUGGAGCCGGUUUGAAAACGGAGCUGACGAUUGUGCCACCAGCAGAAAGCAAACCGCAUUGGCAAAGCAAUUUGCUCGACAUGAUCCGCAAAGUUACGCCGGAAAUGAAUUUACAGUACAGGUUCUCCUUGUUCUUUAAUAUUUUCUUUAUAGAUGAAAAUUUGUGAACUCCCGUAUCGAGCGCUGGUAGAGUUGUAAAGUCCUCUGGAGUGCUCGAGCUCGUUCGAUCUCGAAGAUGGUGGAUCAGUAGAGUCUCCGAUGAUAUCCCGAUAUGCAGGUGGUAUUGUAGAUGUAGAUGAUCGGAGGGAUAAUUAUGAGUAGUAAGACCAUGACGCAUCUCUACGGUCUUGUGCGCCCACAGUAUGUAACUCGUAUGAAAAAAUUAGUUGAACGAGUUAAUUAAUUGUUUGAAAGGGCGGUGGCAUUUAGUCCUAACGCAAAAAAAAAAUCUACGGGUACUACCACUAGGAGCCGCACUAUCAGUAUCUGGGAUACACACAUGACAUCCCUCCCUCUUCUAAGAAACGCCAAGGCCUUUCCAUAUUGAGGAAUCAGGCAGAUAGCGAUAACUAUCGAAAGGAGCUGAUCGCGCAAUUACGCGCAGCCAGCGAGAUGGUUCGGGCAUGGCUCGCCCAAUUGGAGGAUCCAGAUAAGGCCACAAAAGCAGCAGGCGGCGAAAAAAUGGGAAUGAUUAUGGCUUCUCCUCACAAGGCAAGGGCAACUUCAGUGUCGACGUAGAUCGAUGACGUUGUGCAUGUGUAUUAGAAUGUUGAGCGUAUCGUAUCGGCUGUAGGAAUUGAGCAGCAAGUCCAUCUUCGACCUCGAGGAAGCACUCAAUAAGGAGAUCUUUCCGCUCUUAGACAAAGGCUCUCUUAAUUAGAACUAGCAGAAAUCCAUCUUGGAGUGCAUCUUGGUGCCCGUUUGCCCCUAAGAAACGGGACCAGGAUGCGGGGGAAGAUGGAUUUCCUCAAGCCUUAACUUAAACAGACUUCAGCAAGCAACAGAGCUGCAAAGGCUUUUGAGCCUCCAAUAAAAAUUGUUGUCCUAUGUAUAAGGCAUUUUUCUAACUUCUAGAUUCCAGAUGGAGAAGAGAGAUGGCAUCAGGAAAUUGGCCUUCGUGAUGACCGCAGUAAGGCCCCCGCAGGCGUCGCCGAUGAAGAUGAGGACGAUGAGGGGGAUGUUGACGAAGAUGCGGAAAAUGAUGGCGAAGACAAGGAAGAGGGCAACGAGCACUACUUAGGAGAAUUUUCAUCUUCAACCAAGCAACUUGUGCCGUUUUCUCCUGACGACAACCAAGUUCUUGCCGACGAUGCGGGCUCUAGAGGUGACGUUUUCAUGCGAGAACAGAACUUCCGUAUUGCUCCAACAGAAGAACAGAUGACUGGUCUAGGCGUUUGGGGUGAGGCUGACUAACGGUGAGGGGAAGAGGUGAAGCCUUUCGAAAAUUCGAAUUUUAGAAAGGCUGAGGCGGUGAAGUGCGCCACACUGCUGCUAGUACUAUUAAAAACGCAUUGUUAUAUAAUCAAAAGAAAAAACAUAACUUGAGUUCAUACCUAAAUUUAAUACAAAUUUAAAUAACUUAUAUCAUAGAAUAAAUAGCGCGAUCAUGAUGAAAAAAGCGUCUUCUUCUACAAGUGCAAAAUUUUGGUUUCUGCUGAGCUUUGAGCAAAUAAAGAUCCUCUUUCGGCCAGCUUCUGGAGGUGCUGAAGGAUCCGCUAAGAAUUGAACGUGAUUCUUGCUGUGUGAAGACGCUCUAUGGUCGCGCUGAAGGAUGCGCUAAAAAUUGAACGUGAUUCUUGUGCGCGAAAAAUUUCACGAUAUUAUGG